AUGAACUACCUCCACCACCCUGCGUACACUUACGGCCAUGCUGGGAUUCACAUGGAUCAGUCGAACCUUGGUCAUCCGGGAAUGGCCAACAGCAUGGACAAUUAUCUGAUAACUCGGCCGACGUACGAAUUGGCCGAAUAUUACACACACAUGCCAGUGAUGGAAGACUACGAGGAAUAUGCCGAAAACCUCUCCCGCCCAAGGUUGACCAAGGAACAAGUCGAUACGCUCGAGGCUCAAUUUCAGGCUCAUCCCAAACCGAACAGCAACAAGAAGCGCGAAUUGGCUGUCCAGACUAACCUCAGUCUGCCUCGCGUUGCGAACUGGUUCCAAAAUCGACGCGCCAAAGCUAAACAACAGAAACGUCAAGAAGAAUUCGAGCGCAUGCAGCGAGAGGCCAAAGAGAAGGAGGAAGCCAAAUCUAUCAAAGACGAAGAACUAGCUCAUGGACUGCCGGAAAGCCCCAUGCACAAGGAUGAAAGCAGCAACAGUCCCACCAAAUCUCCAACCCCAACACAAGCAUCCAGUUGUACCAAAGAUCGACCUCAGACUUCAGAUAGCUCAUCGCUAUCAGAGCCAAAACAUCACAAAACAGGUAGUGAUAUUGCCCAAGAAAAGACUUAUGCUUCUUUGCAACGGGCAAUAAGUGCUGCAGUCGCCGCUCGUGACCAGUACAGUGGUCCCCCUGAUGACUCUAUUUCUGCUGGGCCGACAGACAGAGCUUUCGAUGUACGGCAAACAAACAUACCCGUCCCCAGCACGAACAAUACUCCUCAGACCUCCAUGAACUCGACGUUUUCGGAGUGGGGCAGUAGCCGAGAUUCAUCGAUUGCUUGGACACCAUCACAGAGUCCAGAGGAGGGCUAUGAAUAUGGCAGCCUUAAUAGCGUUCCAUUCGCUUCUGAAGUUGCACAUAUGGACGACUCACCCAACCCGGAUGUAUCUGCGUCGCAUGGCUUUGGUAGUAUGACUACACGCUCACAACCGAUGUGGAACCCUCAGUUUCAAGGAAGGGCAGAUAUACACUCCUCGGAUCCUAUGUAUGGGUCCAUGUCAUUUUCUGCACUCCAACCAUCUUCGGCCUCUUCUUCGAGGCGCCCCUCGUCUUCAGAAGAUCUUGUUGACACUAUAAGCGGAAUCGGCAUCAAUACUGCAGCUUUGUCUGACAGCAUGGAGUCCUCCAUGUGGCGGCGACCUGAGAAAGAGCUAGACAUCGCAGCUCGUCGAAAGAGGCCCCGGCCCGCCGCUAUUGGUACUGCUCAUCAUCGACUAUCGACGAAUCCCUCUAUGGUCUCACCAAAUGCAAGAAUGGCAAGCUUCGGGGCUUCGCAUACCAUUCGACAUGCUAAGUCUUCUCAUACUUUGGGCUCGCGGUAUGCGGGUGUCCGGAAGCUGUCGGCUAAUCAGCGUUCGCCCCUGGCUUAUUCUUUUGCAGAGGCUGGUGCUGCAGCAAAUGCUGCUUCGGAGUCUAGACAAAAGCAAAGACUGCACACAUCUGCAUCUGUGGGUAACUUGGCGCCUCCAACUCCACUAACUCCAGAGGAUUUCCAACACAUGCUACCGACAACAACAAGCGACGCUCAAAUGAGUUUCUCAUCUCAGCACCUGGUAGACACACAAAGCCUCUUCCCAGUCACCCAGUCCAUGCAGAUAAACGUUGCAUCACCACCCGAGACACCGCUGUCCUUGGAUGUGUUUUCAGCAAUGCAGUAUCAGAACAUGGCACCCCCCUUGUCAGCGCCUCCUCAGUAUGCGUCGUUCACGGACUACUCGCCGAUUACUAGCGAGCCAUUGACCGGCGUGAGUUGGGCUGUCUCGACCCCUGAUACGUCUUUGUUUCCACCGAGUCUUCAAUCCCAGCGACAGCAGCCUCCUAUUUACAUUUAUGAGCAAGAUGACGAACAACAAGAGUCAAAGUGGACCUUGAGUGGAGAUGACGGUUCUUCUCUCUAUGGGUCGACAAAGGCAUCCGCGACMCCUCCCGCCAGCAUGAUGACAGUUAGUGAAGAACAUGAUCCCAACGGCAUGACCGAAUUCCACAUCCACGAAUUUCCGAAGCAGCAAGAAGCGCAUCGAAAUGUUGCGCAGCAAUUGGCGCCCCAGAUACCCAAGAACUACACUUUCUCGAAUCAGACACCAAACGAUUUUUGA